AUGGGUGAUCCUUGCUUGAAGCAGGGGGAGGCUGGGGGGCAAAUAGUGGAUAAAGGACCUGAAAUUGAGCGUUCGUUUGUUUUUUGGCUGUUCCGUGGUUGCUUCACCGUCGCCUUCUCCCUGAUAGUGUCCUGCUUCCUGUCGUUUGUAUUCGGGAUACUCGCUCUCCUGAUUGGGAGCUCCCCUGGGCUGCAAAGCCCGGUUUCGAUUCCCUCUCAAUGCCGGAUCGUCUCUAGCGGUGAAUAGUUUGUCCCUGAAGCAGUUUUCUAUUUUGUACUUUCUAUUUAUCGCCUUAUUGAACUCUCAAACCUUUUGCACGUGUUUCUGCCGUCGGAGAUUAGAAAAGCUAAAAAUAAUAACUUAUUCAACAAAUUCAUUGUCUGAAAAAGGGAAAGAUGCUGGAAAUUUUAUAUGAUUCUCUUCAUCAUCUCAAAAUUUGAUCAGUUGACUAUAUACAUAACAGCAUAAUAAACCCUAUUUGCAUCUGUUUAAAUGUGCUGAGUAAAUUUAAAAAACUAAAUUAACCGAUUUUCUCGUCAAGUAGGCUGGUACAAGUCGUCUAGGUUGUAGGAGGAAUUUCUGAGGAACAGAGCAGAAGCUUCCCUUCCUGUAGCUUGCUGACUUUCUUAACUAGAAGAAGGCUUUUUGGAGGGUUCAUCAGCAACAGCAAUCGUGUCCUCUUUACUAACUUCAUCUUUCCCUGCCUUGUCAUUCUUUUACAAAGAUGAGUAAGCACCACUUUAAUUAUGGAUGACUAGAUAUCACUAAACUUCUUCUGGUUAUAUAUUAAAUUUUAGAUGAUUGUAUUACAAAGGUUUGAUUCUUGAAACCAACUCCAUGUACAAAACUAGUACAGCAGUUGACCUGAGGUACUGGAUGCGAAAAUCGAUACCUUGUAAUUGUUAUGCGGUGAUAUUUUUCCCCCAGUUACUUUUCGUUUCAGCAUUUAAAUAAAUCAUGAUGCAAUCGCAGGAUUCUUGCCCAUGGUCAAACCCCUAAAAUAACAGUGGUAUGUGGUACUUUCUGAAAUGCUCCCAGUGUUUUUAAAUUCAGAUGGGUCACAAUAAAGACAUACAUGUAUAUAUGAGCGCAUAAGCAUUUUCUGCAUAAAGUGCUAAGUCAGACCCCAAAACCGACAUAACCUGAGCUACGACAAAUACUUGCCAUAAAAACAUUUGGGCAUGAACAUCUUUAGUUAGCCUGAUUCAUUCUUCUCCAGGCUAGACUUAGGAAGUAAAUGUAACAUUAGCUGAUGAAAGCUUUUCUCAGGUGUGGACCUCAGGUCAUCCAAGGUCUGUGAACUCUCACUAUCAAAUUGUAAGGCCAAAUACGUUCUAUACCCAUCGGGGAAACCAAAGAUUCAGUGUCAUGAUGAUUACUACUGGGCAUCAGUUUUCAAGGUAAUGUCCUUUAGUUGGUUCUUCUUUAGUUAACGCAUAAUGGUGAUAAAAAUUCUCCAAUAGAAAAAAAUUAUAAAUGAGGUAGCACUGAGUGAAUUCAUUAUAGAUUGAUUGCCUAGAUACUAUUUUUGCUUACCCGUGACUUGUGGUCAAUGAAAUAACAAUGCUUGUUUAUCUUUGGAAUCAGUUUCUGGUUUUUGCUCAUACAUUGUCCGUUGGGUGUGAUAAUAUUUACCACUUAAAGUGGAGAGGGGACCAUAACUCAGGUAACCAAGGCCAAUGGUUCGUUUGACCUUCUCGUUUGGUCUUCCUAUUCAAGAAAUGAUUCUAUACACUAGCUUUAUUUCUUUUUCCCUGCACCUCAUCAUGGUGGUAUGACUAUGGCCCAGACAUCUUGAAGAGACAUAAACUUAUUAAGCAUGUUUACCGACCUCAGCCUUGAGAAGACCGUACUAGCCAAAAAAGAGGCUCUCCUUGUUAUUUUUAUGAUUUUAAAAAUUCCAUGAGGGACUUCACAACAAUGGAAAACUAAGAUAAAGCAGUCUUUUUAAAGAUAGCCUUGUGUGUCCUCUAUGUUUGAUCUAUUUGAAGUUGGUUUCUGUGCCGGGUAGUUCGUCCUUUUAGCUUCACAAUUUGGUUCUCUUUAAAUCUCUGUAAUGUUAAUAAAGAAAAGUUGUUAAUGGUAUCAGUGAUCUGUUCUUGGAAUCUAUUAAUCAGUAAUCGCAAAGCCUGCUCGAAAAGGUGUGAAUGCAGAGUUAGUGAAAUGACCAAAUUGAUAACUCAAAUUCUGUUGAUUUUACACUUUCGAAGAAUAUUACCCAGACAUUAUUGUAACUUAACUUCUUGCUCCUUGGAAGGCUUUUAGACUAUUGACUUGGGAUUCUAGUGUAUUUUCUGCCCCAUGAUGAUUCCAUGUUACUUCCACGUGUUGAAACAUCAAAUCAAGCUUGCUUUCUGCAGGUGGAAUACAAAGAAUAUUUUUCAGGGAGAAUGAUUCGUGGAGUAGCUGAGUCUCCAAAAGAAGCACUUCCUAUUUAUUGUCGGCCUAGUUUCAACGGGGUUUGGCGGACAAAAAAUAAGUUUAAGGUAUUUUAUGUGCAUGUGACAAAGAAGUUAUCUAUCUCAUCCAAUAUUUCAAGGUUAAUCUGUUUCUCUACGGAUAUUAACCAAGCAUUCUAGUUGAUCCUAUGGAUAUUCUGCUCUGCAUUUCUUCGUUUGCAUUAGAUAUGAUUAACAUUCAGCUUAAGAGCUGAAGAACUAGUUGGUUCAGCAGGAAAGAGGACAAUAGACUGAAAGAAAUGUGUUUUCGCAUUCCUGCAAGCACUAACGAUAUGAAGGUCUGAAAGUAUUACAAAACGGAAAAGAAGUCUACAAUCAUUUGAGCAUGAGGCAAUUUUUUUAGAGUUGUUUUGAACGUAUUGUUGACAUUUUUACUUAUAAAUUUUGUGUUCAUCGUUACCCCCCUUCUUCACAGCUUAGUCUAUGAAAUUUAGGAACCAACACUUAUCACAUUAGCUUCAUUUUUUAGUGUCCCAAAUUUGUGGAAUCUUAGUUUCUUGACCUAAAGUUCGUGCAUAGAAUCCAACGCAUAGCGUAAUCCAAUCAGUAUUAUAGUUUUCUAUCAUCAAAAUCAGUAUGUCAAGUUCAAAAUUUAUCAUGGUAGGUUGGGCCCUCUUGGCUCAGUCCAGGGGAAUUCCUUAAUCGAACCAAAAGCUCGAGAGAGAGUAGUGUUGUCUUUAACUACACAUUGGUAGAUUAUUAUUGCCGAUGCAGAGAACUAUUCCCUCAUAUAAAGAUCAAUUCAUAGGCUUGAAUGAAAUGAUCUUCAGUUGCCUCCAUCGUAUCUUUGGUGACGCAAAAUUUCAGUCUCACUGAUCGAACCGAAAUAACUCAAUAUAGGUACCACAAGAUAACCUUCCUUUUAUGGGAUACUUCUGAUACUGUUGCCCAAAUUUACUUAGUGCUCCAAAAUAUGGUCUAUUUUAUUUCAUUUAGCGUAACAGAGAUGAAAGAACAAAGUGUUUGAUCUGCUUUUGUUGAUCUCUCCCUUUUCAGGUAAAUGAAACAUACCAUUGCAAGUAUUCCCUGGGCACCUUCAAGGCAGACAUUUACCCUGACCAUCUCUUCAAUUGUCAAGUAGGAGAUCCAUCAUGGGCCGAGAUGAUCAGAAGAUUCUUCACCCUGUAAGUCCCUCUUUUCUUGAUAUUCCUGGCUAAGCAGCUCUGCUAUGUAUGUUCUAACAUCGGUAGAUGUGGUGUUAUCACACUUCCUUGCCCCUGCCUCAUGAGAAUAGCAUAGUCUACAUCUGUUCACGAAGUCAGCUAAAAGUGGAAAAAAUAGAGCACUCAAGUAAUAUCUCCGAAGUGGAUCCGCCACUGUUGCUCUGCUAACUAUAUCACCUCGACUUGAUGUUUUCUCAACAGGCUCCUGAGUUUUAUAAAGUCCUUCACAUGGGAUACUCUACAAGGUUGGCAUCAUAUACUGGCUGUGGCCACUGGGAGUCUGGGUGGUAUCAUCUCUUCAAUGCUGGCAGUCGGCAUAGCCAAAGUCCUCCAGCCCUUGUGGCCAGCAUUGUUUAAGAAACUGCAACCUGUGAAACAACACCUCUCCAUACUAUCGAUGCAGCUGAGGCGGCCCUGCCUACUCAUCGCUUACAUAUCCGCAGUCAGCUGGCUGGCCCUGCAAUACAUCGAGAUCAUCGGUCUCAAGCAGGUCCUCAUCGACUCUCUCUCUAGAAUGGCCAUAACAAGAUGA